AUGCCAGUCUGCGAUGGCUGUGGUUGCAUGUUUAGUGAGAGUGGUUACUCUCGUCACCUCGCACAAACUAGAAAUUCUGCCUGUGUCAGCAUCUACGAGGACAUGCGCAACUACAUGCCUAGCAGUCCCGGUCACUCACCACAGGUAAUGUCAAUAUUAGUAUGGUUGUGGCACAUUCAUGCUGACAUGGACACCAAGACUCAGAACAACGAAGAAAAUCACAACGGCCCGCACCUAUUUGAAGACCUUGAAUGGCCUGUAGACGAGGAAGACUAUCUUGAUAUGCCAGUGGUGGAUGACGAUGAAGAUGAGGAAGUUGAGGGCGAAGGUGGUGUGGCUGAACAAGAAGCAGAUUGGGAACCUCCUAUUCGAAGAGCCGAAGAACCGGAGAUCAACGUGAACAAUCAGAAUAUUCCCAUGGAUGAAGAUGAAGGCAAUGCUGACGUUGUUCGCCAACGCACUCAUCAUCACGAGGCCGAACUUCCUCUGCACCAUCACCAUGACCCAUAUAUUGCAAGCUUUCCACUUCGCAGCGCUGGAGCCAUAAUUGAGGAUGCGGGCGAAUUUGAAUCUGACCAAAACGGAUAUCAGUCAUAUGGUGAUAAGAUGAGUCAAGGUGGUAGCUGUGUUUGGGCACCGUUCAUCUCACAUAUUGAUUAUGAAGUUGCCCGAUGGGCAAAGCUGAGGGGGCAAGGCUCCACUGCUUUCACAGAUCUGCUUGCCAUCGAGGGGGUUUGCGAACAGCUCGGCCUCUCUUACCGAAAUUCCUGCGAGCUAAACAAGAUUAUCGACAACCAAAUUCCUGCCCGGCAGCCUCGUUUUAAGUGCCAGGAAAUUUUGAUGGCAGGCGAAGCCUUCAAUGUAUACUUUCAGGAUAUCCUGCAAUGCGUCAAGUCACUGUUUGGAGAUCCAGAACUUGCACCUUACCUGGUUUUUGCCCCCGAACGACACUAUUCCGAUGAGGACCAGACUCAGAGGUUAUAUCACGACAUGCAUACAGGCAAUUGGUGGUGGCGUACUCAGAUACUUGUUGGUUACCUUCCCACGACCAAGCUCGAGCAUAUCACAAACAAAACAGCAAGGCGGCAUUGUCUUGCUAAUCUGUUCCACGCAUGCAUGCGUCAUAUUGUUGAGCUGUUGGUUGAGCCAGGAAAGGAUGGGAUGCUGAUAGCCAGUGGUGAUGGAGUCCUCCGUCGCGGUCAUCCUCUGGUGGCCUGUUAUAUUGGAGAUUAUCCCGAGCAAUUAUUGGUGACUGGGAUGAAGACCGGAGAGUGUCCGAAAUGUGACAUACCUUCUAGCGAGCUCGGCAGCAAAGACCUACCUUUUGAGCUGCGUGAUUUGGAUCGAAUCUUAGAUGUGCUUGCCCUCGUCGAUGAAGACCCGAAUCAAUUCGCAAAGGCUUGUCAUGAUGCAGGAGUAAAACCACUUUAUCAUCCUUUCUUGGAGGAACUCCCGCACUGUAAUAUAUAUAAUGCAAUCACCCCCGAUGUUCUCCACCAAUUGUAUCAAGGCCUGGUCAAACACCUUAUCGCUUGGAUUAAAUCAGCUUUCGGCGAGGUGGAAAUUGACGCACGGUGCAAAUGUUUGCCUCCAAACCACAACAUCCGCCUAUUUAUGAAAGGCAUCUCGAUUCUGUCGCGAGUUAGUGGAACGGAGCACCAGCAAAUAUGCCGAUUUCUCCUUGGCCUAAUAAUCGAUAUCCAUUUGCCUGAUGGCCUCCUCAACUACUUAUAUCUGGCACGGUACCCAUGUCAUUCGAAUGUAACAUUAGAGCUUCUGAGUGGGACACUCGACCGAUUUCACGAUAACAAAUCUAUCUUCGUGGACCUGGGUAUCAGAUCAUCGUUCAACCUCCUGAAGCUCCAUUCUCUCCAACACUACGUCAUGAUGAUUCAAAUGUUCGGAACCACCGACAAUUAUAACACAGAAUAUACAGAACGACUUCACAUUGAUCUAGCGAAGGACGCAUAUUGUGCGACAAAUCACAAGGACGAGUACAUGCAAAUGACACUGUGGCUCGAGCAACGAGAGAAAAUGCUGUGGCACAAUAAAUUUAUUCAAUGGCGUCUACACCAUGGCACCGGAACUGAGGCACCAGAUCAUGUCCCUCAAUUACAUCAUCCCCUACCCCACUCUGACCUCGUAUAUCUGCAACAAUCCAAGCUAGUGAAGCACCCGUCUGUUAAACAGGUGACAUUUGCAUCCCUUGCUGAUCAGUAUGGUGCAAUACAUUUUCAAGCCGCCAUGGCUCGCUUUGUGGUGCAAGUUAUGCAGCCCGAUUUGACUGCAAGGCAGUCUGAAGAUGCUGCCUGCCAUGUCAAUCUCCCAUUCCAGUCGGUUGCGGUUUACCACAAGGUCCGGUAUAGUACUGUGGGUGAUGAUGGCAUGCUAAACAAUGUCACCGUUGAUGCAAUACAUGCGAGACCUGCCCGACGUGACUGCCAUAACAGGAAAGUGAUUGUCUUGAUGUGUGUAUGCGGGGAUACUUGGACUGACAAACAACUCACAGGAUAUCAUGUCGCACAAGUUCGCGUGGUCUUCUCGCUGUCGGCCAGUGUCAAACGUGCUCUAUUUUGCAAUGUCAAUGUGCCUGAUCACUUCGCAUAUGUUGAAUGGUUCUCACCGUUCACCACACCAGACAUUAACCAUGGGAUGUAUAAAGUUUCGCGUGCCCUGUAUGAUGGAGACAGGCAAUCCAGCAUUAUCCCUAUUCGCAAUAUUCGACGCUCUGUACACUUAAUACCCAAAUUUGGGGCAGUGGCUCCAUGUGAAUGGACUACGAGCAAUGUGUUAGAUCAGUGUAGCACAUUUUUGUUAACAGCUUCACUAACCGAAAUGCAUAUGUAA